AUGGUGAGGCAUCUUCAUGGAGUUUUGUAUGUGUUCAUUAUCACAUUUUCUCUUAUACAUUUAGUUCAAGCGCAGGAUCAAAAAGGAUUCAUCACUUUGGAUUGUGGUUUGUUACCUGAUGGGUCUCCAUACACCGAUCCAUCUACCGGAUUAACAUUCACCUCAGAUGCUAGUUUCGUCGAGAGUGGAAAGAACGGUCGAGUUGAUAAAGAUUCUGAGAGAAACUUUGAAAAGGCGUCUGUAACGCUGAGAUACUUCCCAGAAGGGCAACGGAACUGUUACAACGUGAAGGUCACGCAAGGAACAAAGUAUCUGAUUAGAGCUUCCUUCUUUUAUGGAAAUUAUGAUGGUCGUAACAUAAUCCCAAACUUUGAUCUGUUUCUUGGCCCUAAUAAGUGGACAACGGUGAAUUUGAGUGCUACUGUUCCAGGUGGUCAGUAUAGGGAGAUUAUUCACAUGUCCAAGUUAAGCUCUUUGCAGAUCUGUCUUGUGAAGAAGGGAACAACUACGCCUAUGAUAUCAACCUUGGAGUUACGGCCAAUGAGAAGUGAUAUCUACAUUAGUGACACUGGGAGCUCCUUGCAGUUCUUAUCAAGAACUUAUCUUAAAGGUUCUGGUAGCAUUUUACGGUACCCUGAUGAUGUCUAUGACCGUAGGUGGUUCCCGAUGGUAGAGAAGGAGUGGAAUAUAGUAACUUCAACCCUCAAUGUAAACACUUCUAAUGGUUUUGAUCCGCCUCAAAGUGCGAUGGCAUCGGCUGCAACCUAUCUGGUGAAAACAACAAAGUCAACUCUUCCUCCUCUCCUUAACGCUAUGGAGAUUUUUACUGUUGUUGAACUUCCUCAGUCAGAAACAAACCAACAGGAAGUGGUUGCUAUCAAGAAGAUCCAAAUUGCUUAUGGACUGAGUAGAGUUAGUUGGCAAGGAGAUCCAUUUGUCCCCAAAGAGUUCUUGUGGGCUGGUCUAAACUGCAACAACACCGAUAUUUACACUCCACCAACAAUUACUUCCUUUGUUGAAGGCAACCCUAACCUUAGUUGCACAGAAAGGCCAUGUGUAAAUAAACCUAGAGAAACUGGACAUGCCAAAAAGAGUAUAACUGUGCCAGUUGUUGCAUCAGUUGCUUCAAUGGUUAUUAUUGCAACUGCAUUGGUUACAUUUUUCAUUCUCAAAAGGAAAAAAUCAUCAAACAAUAGAGAAAAGGGAAGAACACCAAGAUCGGAGCCACCGAGAAUAACUAAGAAGAAAAGAUUUACUUACGCAGAGGUUACUGAAAUGACAAAUAACUUUGAAAAGAUUCUUGGGAAAGGAGGGUUCGGCAUGGUUUAUCAUGGAUAUUUGAAUGGUACCGAACAAGUUGCUGUUAAAGUAGUUUCUCAGGGUUCAGUUCAUGGGCACAAACAAUUCAAAGCAGAGGUUGAUCUUCUUCUGAGAGUUCAUCACAAGAAUUUGGUAGGCCUGGUUGGAUAUUGCGAAAAAGGGAAGGACUUGGUUCUUGUCUAUGAAUACAUGUCCAAUGGAGACUUGAAAGAGCUUUUGUCAGGGAAACCCCACACCUCUGUUUUAAGAUGGGGAACUAGACUAAAAAUAGCGGUGGACUCUGCGCAAGGAUUGGAGUAUUUGUAUAAAGGAUGCAGACCAGCAAUUGUUCAUAGAGAUGUAAAAACAGCAAAUAUUUUGUUGGACGAAAACUUCCAAGCCAAAAUUGCCGAUUUUGGGCUUUCUAAAUCAUUCCCAAACGAUGGAGAGAGCCAUGUAUCCACAGUUGUUGCAGGAACUCUUGGUUACCUUGAUCCAGAAUACUACCAAACAAAUUGGUUGACUGAAAAAAGUGAUGUAUAUAGUUUUGGGGUCGUUUUAUUGGAGAUUAUAACAAAUUUGCCAGUGAUUGACCAGCAUAGUGAAACACCAUACAUAGCAGAAUGGGUGGGAGUAAUGGUCACCAAAGGAGAUAUUAAAAACAUUAUAGAUCCAAGACUUAAAGACGAUUACCACUCUGAUUCUGUUUGGAAAUUUGUUGAGCUAGCAAUGGCUUGUGUCGACGCUUCUUCAGCGAGUAGACCGACCAUGUCUCAAGUUGUUAUUGAGUUAAUUGAAUGUUUAACACUUGAAAACUCGAGAGGAGGAAGGAGUUGUGACAUGGAAUCCAGGGGUUCAAGAGAAGUGACCAUGACAUUUGGAACUGAAGUGAACCCCGCGGCUCGCUAG